AUGGGCUUCGUCUGCGUGUCCUGCGAUUGGGCUUUGUGCGGUUGGGCGUGUUAUUCGGCCCGGAUACCCUCUAACCCUAGAACGUCGGAAGAGAAGAAACGAGAUUCGUCAUUCCCAUUCUCACGGUGGCGAGGCGGUGAAUUUAUUUUACUCUUGGCUGGUGCUGGGAAGACGCUCUCGGCGAAAGCUAUUGCCGGGGAAGCUGGUGUGCCUUUCUUCUCCGUCUCCGGAUCUGAGUUUAUUGAGAUGUUUGUCGGUGUUGGUGCCUCGAGGGUCCGUGAUCUUUUUUUUUUUCAGAAGGCCAAGGAGAACGCGCCUUGCAUUGUCUUUGUAGAUGAGAUUGAUGUUGUUGGUAGGCAAAGAGGAACAGGAAUUGGUGGAGGUAAUGAUGAAAGAGAGCAGACUUUGAAUCAGCUGCUAACUGAGAUGGAUGGGUUUGAAGGUAACACUGGUAUUAUCAUUGGUGCUGCAACCAAUAGAGCAGACAUCUUGACUCUGCUUUUGCUGAGGCCGGGACGGUUUGACCGACCAGUAAGUGUUGACGUUCCAGACAUCAAGGGGAUAACAGAUAUUCUCAAGGUUCAUGCUGGUAUUAAGAAGUUUGAAAAUGAUGUCUCACUUGAAGUGAUAGCGAUGAGAACACCUGGAUUUAGUGGAGCAGAUCUUGCUAAUCUGUUGAAUGAGGCCACCAUAUUGGCUGGACGACGUGCCAAGACAGCGAUAUCAUCGAAAGAGAUUGAUGACUCCGUUGACACUUUUUUUAAUGUGUAUGUAAGUUUGUAG